AUUCUAGCAGCGUAUGAGAGAUGUAUUCAUUGGAAGCGACAUGAUCUAGGCUACAAUCAUGAUUGUUAACAUUCCAUUCUUACUGCCUAAAAGCAUCCUCACCCAUCACAUCCGCCAUCUCUCAGCUCAGCUAUUCCUUCUCUCACUCAACCUUUUCCAUCCACCUCGACUGUUGUCUUUGAAGUCAUUCAUCGUCGUCCAUCACAGUGACCAUCAUUGUCUGCAGUCCUCUUUGUCAGGCUCAGUCCCUUCGACUUUUUGCCUUCCUUUUCUCUAUCUCAAUACAACACUCAUCUAUCUCUCUACCUAUAUUCAUCACCACCAAUCGCAAUCUAGAUCAAUCUUCAAACCAUGACAACCCCGACAUUUCCAUCCUUCUCGCGUCUUCCCGCCGAGAUCCGUCUCAUGUUCUGGGAGGCCGCGCUACUCGACCCGAUCGACAAACCUCUGUUCUUCUGGAGACGGACUCCGUGGCGGCCCGAGGAAUACCUGAUCGGGAUGGCCGGCGAUCUGAUACACCCGGAUGACAUGGGCCGGUCCUUGUCUAUUUUAUCUAUCUACGACCGGUUGAUCUGCAUGCAAAUGACUCAGUUCGUGUCUAUUAGCCUCUAGCAACUUAGGAAACAGCGC